CUCUUAGGUAGUCUCCAGGCAGUUCGCUUGGGUUGAUGCUCCGUGACCAGGUGCUCGCAGAGUAUUCGAUACACCAUGCCUCUUCACCUACUCGGCAAGAAGUCAUGGAACGUCUACAAUCCCGAGAACAUCGCCCGUGUACGGCGUGAUGAGGCUGAGGCUAAGGCCCGGGAGGAGGAAGAGGAACGCCGUAUGCAAGAAAUUGAUGCUGAGCGCAGAAUUCAAAUUCUCCGUGAUACGCGACGCGACAGGACCCAUGGAGAGGAUGCUGGAAGAUAUAGAAAGCGGAGGCGACUGGCAGGUGAAAAUGAUACGGAUCGCGAUAUCAGACUCGCGAGGGAAGAUGCUCAGUUGAUGCUGGCGAAAAGGGAGGAGCUCGCUGUGUCCAAGACCAGCGAUGCGCCGCUUUUAGACAGUACCGGGCAUAUCAAUUUAUUUCCUUCCGAGGCAGCGCGGAAACCAGCAGAAAAAAAUCAAGAGGCGGAGAAGGAGGCAGCUGACAAGAACCGGAGUUUUGAGGACCAAUAUACGAUGCGCUUCUCGAAUGCGGCGGGGUAUCGACAGUCCGCUGGCCAAAUGCCUUGGUACUCUUCCUCCGGUCGUGAUGUUUUGGCGCCUGAUGCUAUGCCUGAAAAGGAUGUUUGGGGCAAUGAGGAUCCGAUGAGACAGGAGAGAGAGAGAGUCCGGCUAGAUGCCAACGAUCCACUUGCGGCGAUAAAGAGGGGAGUUCGCCAGUUGAAGUCGGUCGAACUUGAACGGAAAAAGUGGAACCAGGAGCGAAAGAAAGAGUUAGAUGCAUUGAAAGAGGCAGAAAAACAUAGGUUGCGUCAUCGCAGAAGGAGAUCAACGUCAAGAUCAAAAGCGUCGGACUCUGGGGAUAGUCUUGAAAACUUCAGCCUUGACGCACCUGACAAACAUCAGGACAGAAAAUCGAGAAGCUCACACCGACAUCGCUCCCAUCGCCGCGAAAGAAGUCGUGAUCGUUCUCGCGACCAUUCCCGCAAGCGACACCGUCACUCCCAUUCCCACUCCCAUUCGCACCGUCAUCGUGAUCACCAUGAGCACGACCGAGGGGAAGCCCGCGAGGCGCAGUCGCACAAACGCCAUGCGUGA